CGUUAGGUUGAGAGAUUACCUUGUGUGAAAUGGUUUGCUUGGGGACAAGCAAACGUCUAAGUGUGGGGGAAUGAUUCGAGACUAAUUGUACACUUUUUACCCCCAAUUCUCUUUGACGUUUGUUGUAAUUGAACUCCAAAAAGGUUGGUUUUAUGCGAGGUUGCUUGUGUUUUAGUGUGUUUCAGAUCCUAACAGGUAAAACCAAACCCGGAGUCGAAAAUUUGAAGAAAAGGAGCAAAUACUGGGCAAAGAGGUGGAGACAACCACAGUCAUGGCAAGACGUUGGAGUUCACGGUCUUACAUGACCGUGAACUAGAGCCAUGACCCGCGAAGCGAGGAGAAAACAGAGGGGGUUUUCAAGUUACUGAUGCCCAGGCAUUUCACGAUCGCUAAGACUGUGGACAGGGGUCACUGACCGUGAACAGAGCAGAUGAAGCGGUGCGCUUUGGUCGCAGCCUUAAGUUCACGGACGCGUUUCAAUGUUCACGGCCGUGAACUUAGGCCGUGAACUCAGCGCGAUCUCCCACUUAAAAGGAAAGCUGAAAGGAAGAAGAAGGGGAGAGACCUAGAGUGAGAAAGUGACGAACCAAAGAAGAGGAAAAGCUAGGGUUUCUUCUCCAAGCAAGGUUUUGGGAAUUUAUUCCCCAAAGGAGGAUUUCUUGAGCACAAGGAGCAAGGAUUGCAUCUUCUUGAUGGUUUCCCCUUUCAUCUCCUGUGUUUUCCCUUCUCCUAGCAUGGAGUAGUCCCUUCUUUCACUUGGGUGUUUGUAAACCCUAGCUACAAUUAUGUGAAUGCUUGUAUGAAUUGAAUGAUUUGUGUGUGGUUGUGUUUUAAUGUGAAUGUGGAGGUAUUAUUCAGAAAUGAUUGUAUUGUGUGAAAGCCUAUCAAUCUAAUUGCCAUUCUAACCUAGCUUAGAGACGAGACCUCCUUAGGUUAGGAGUUUCAUUAGGUGUUCUUGGGCAUUACACGCCUCCUAGGCUAGUUUAGAGAGGAAACGUCCUUAGGUUAAGAGGCUCAAUAUUGAGAUGGAGUUCUUGGGCAUUUCAUGCCUCCUAGGCUAGUGUAGAGAGGGAACCUCCUUUACCCAAGAGGUUCAGUUUCCUUGGGCAUUCAAAGCCUCCUAAGCUAGGUUAGGGAGAACCCUCCUUAACUUAAGAGGCUCUAUUAGAGAUCUGUUUCCUUGGGCAUUCUAUGUCUCCUAUUCUAGGUUAGUUAAAUGGCAAACCUCCUAAUUCGCAUCAGCACUUAGAGGUUGGUUGUGGGUGGUCGUCCGAACUCCAAUUCGAGGGUGAAAUCUAACCAUUCCUUAGUUGAUAGUUUGAGAGGUUCAUAUUAGUGGCUUGGAUCGUAUCUCAUUCCACAACCUAGAGUCUAAGAGGGUAGCUCCGGCUGCUUGUUAGACUUCCCUGUGGUUUAUGACCCCCUAACCACACACGAUCAUUCGAUUCUUCAAAUCAUAUUUGUUAGCUAGGGGGAGCAACACCCGGGUGAAGCUUUAUCAACUAGAGUCAAAUCCCUUUUACCUUUUCAAAGCAACUUAGUUUUAGACCUUUGUUUUCACCAAAAAUCAAUCCGCUAGCUAAUGUUUCAAAUAGUCAAAAUAGCGUACAUGGACCGGUCUGGGCCGAUAUUUAAACGUAUUUUCCCUAUAUUGCACCCAUCUAAGAUUUAUACUUGGAAAUUAGGUGGGAUUUUAUGGUGAUAGUUAGAGCGAGUCAUAAAUCCUUGCUGUAAACUUGAUUAUUUGUCUUGGACGUUGGAAGUGAUGUAUGGGAAGUCAAAGGAGGAUGAUUUGACCAAAGAAGUAAAAACAGAGAUGUCUGCAAUGUCUAAGAUUUGCAAAUUGAAGUAUGCACCUCCACCCUCUGAGCCCACUAUUCAGGCCACUCUUACUAUGAAUGAUACUAGUGAUGAUCGUUAUGUAUCUUAUGGAGGUAGAAGUGAUGCUACAUUUAAGAAGAGGAGGAUUCGAGGUUGUUCUGAGUUGGACAUCUACUUAAGAGAUCUCCGUUGAAUUCUACCAUUGUAGAGGCCUUGAUUUGUGAUAGAUUGGAUACAGGGGCGUAGCCAUGAUUUUAUUCAAGGUGGGUCCAUUUAGAAAAAUAUAUGUAUUACAAUACUUCUCCACUAAUGAAAACCAACUUAUACAUGAUUAAACUUUUCACAAAUUCAAAUACCAAAUGCUUAACAAAUGGAGUAGCCAAGAUUCAAGCAUAUGAUCUCUCGGUCAACCAUUCUCAAUUAGACGCAAACUAAUUUUUAUUCUCAAUUAACUAUCAUAAUAAUUUACCCAUUUUAUUCCUCAUAGCCCACCCCAUUGACCACUUCCUCCCCUGGUUCAAAUAAAAUUAUGUUUACAAAUUAGCUACGAUCCGAUGAAAUUUGUUGUAGAUAUUAAAUAAGUACAACUUUGAUUUUGAGCGGAUCAAAUGUAUCGUUGUCAUUCGUACUUUAUUAAAACAUUGACUAUGCCAGUAAACUAUUUAAAAUCAUACAUAAAAUAUUUUAAAACCAACCAUUCUCAUGUUUUCAUAUUCGACUAACUAUUAUAUCUAAUUUAUCAGUUUUCCUCCCGAACCAGGGUAGGUCCUGGAACCCACCCCUUAACCCUCUCCCUCCGCCCCUGAUUGGAUAAGAUAUGAAAGUGAAGAAUACAAACAAAGUUGAUGACAAAGAAGAAGAUAAAUAUCAACUUGAUUAUCAAAGUGGUAAGGGUUCACAAUUCUUUUUGUUUUUAACUGUUCAAUUAUUCAUUUUCAAUUAGAUGAAUUCUAACAAUUUUUACUUUUCUUUACAAUUAGUCGCUAGUAACUUCCAAGCUCACAUGGAAAGUGGUAAUGAGAUGCCAAGUAAGGUGAAAAACAUAGUUUACCCAUUGAGGUGGAGGGGGAGGAAGAUGGUGAUGGAGAAGGCUGAAACGAAGAUGAUAUUGACUCAUAUGCAAGGUUCAAAAAGGCGCUAGGAGUAAGGCGGGCGUUGAGACUUCGCCUAGUGCCUAGCAUGCUUAGGCGUUGGAAGAAAAAUAGCUAUUCACAUUACAUGAUGAAUGGAAUAAUAAUCUACGACACUUCCUCACCUCAGUUAAAAUGAUUAAUAACUUACUCAGCGCUUAAUGACAAGAACAUAGCUCACGAAUUCAUAGAAUCAUAGCUCAAUAGUUCACAAAGUUCGUAGUUGACGUUAAUUAUCUCCUUUAAUAUUGAUUUCCUAGCUCCAUCUAGUAAUGUUUUGGAGAGACUUAUAUGUCACCUUACUUCAUUGGCAUGUUUCAGUAUCUAAUUAGGCGUGAAACCCUUAGGCGAGGCGUUUUGCCAUUGCCUUGCGCCUAGGCAUGCCUAAUCGUAAGGUUAAAUGUGCCUUUUUUGAACCAUGCUCAUAUGUGGAGGAUGAGCAGGAUGAUGGUAAUGAUAUUUUCUCACCACUUUGAAGCAGUAAGGUUGUGUUUAUGUUGGUGGUUCAGGUCCUGGUGGAGGUGGAGGAGUUAGUGGUCAUAGUGGCAAGUGAGGCACUAGUGGUUGUCAUGUUAAUGUUAGUGUUGUUGGAGACUUAUAUUUUAAGUUUGAACUUGUGUUGGAUACUGGGAUUUAGCACUUUAGUUGAUUGUGGUGUUUGUGAGUUGAUGUUGUCCCUUUGACCUUUGUUGAUUCUUAUUUUAUGGAUUGUGGAUUUCAAGAUUUUUGGACUUGUGGUUAUCGUCUCAUGGAUGAAUGGUGAUGAAUUGAUGAUUGAAAUGAUGAGAUUGAUAGAUUGGUAUGCACUAGACUUGUCUCAUGGAUGAAUGGUGAUGAAUUGGUGAUUGAAAUGAUGAGAUUGAUAGAUUGGUAUGCACUAGACUUGUAUAGUUAUGUACUUAAUAGUUAAUAUUUAUGUACUUAUAUGUUAUUAUGUAGUAGGCAAUGCCAUUGGAUAGUAACAAGUUUUUGGAAUUAUAUUUUAUAAUAGUAAUAUAUUAAUACAGACUUAGAAUUAUG